AUGUUCGAGCAUGAGCAGCGCCAGGGAAAGUAUGCGGCGGUAUCAAAGGCUACGUGGAGCCCUCCACCAAAAAGACAGGCGAGGCCCGCCAAAUACUAUGCACCAUUCUCGACCAGGUGGCCUGCUUUGACUCUGAUCGUGCUGGUCAUAUUGGCCUGUAUUGCCCUACUGGAGUAUGGUAUUCGUUCGGGCCUGACGCUGGAAGAGAAGGAUCAGCAACAAAAUCACAGCAGGCUGAAGAGGCAAGACGUAAGCUCGCCAGUAGCCGUGGUUACAACAUCAGCAACGACAACUCUAAGUGUUGAAGAUGCGACAACUGUUACGCCGGCUGCUGAGACCAGUAGCGCUCCAGACAAUGAAUACAUUGACCCCGCUUCGACAUCACCUUCAAUCAAACCUACCACAGCACCCCCGUCCACGGUGAUGCCAGUUUCGUCUUCGACGACAGCGUACAUCGCCCCGAUCACGAGCGAGUCGACAACAAUGACAGUGGCGAGCAGUACCGCUGUAUAUAUUGUGCCGUCUACGACCACGCCGGGGACUUCUGCCACACCCGUCAUGAACAGUGGCACUACUCCAUAUAUUGUUCAGAUCAGCAGCACUACCACUACGGCAUACGUACAACCACCGUCCUCGACAACGCCGGCUAAUCCAUACACCGUCCCUUCUAGCAGCAGCUCCUCACGUACGCGUACCACAACGCCCAUAGCAUCAACUAGCUCGGGAGUCAUAAGGACUACGGAGCUUAAUUCUGCCUAUGUGUACACUCAAACAACAUCUGCUCCAACAUCAUGGACCAAAUCAAGCACUGAACAAUUCACCACAUUGAUCACUUAUACCACGGAGGAUGCAUCAGGAAAGCCAUUGACAACUGUGGCAACGGCGACGUACGCCGUUGCAGUAAUGACGGAGACAGUCCACGACUCAAACGGCGGUGUAUCAACUAUGAUCACAACGUUAACGUCCUACAGUGGUAGCAUAACUCCUACAAUCCUCGCUGCAAGCACAUCUCUCCCCACGACCCCUCCAGAUCAUCAGAGGGCAGGUGAAGUGGAGCUUGGCUUGGCCGUGGGCAACCUUCAAUACUUCCGCGCCAUAUACCUACCUGUACUGAUUGCAGUCCUCCUCAAACUGAUAUGGGCGGUUGUAUUCACUUCUACCAAGAUGAUGGAGCCUUUUUAUCUCCUUUCCAGAGAAAAAGGUGCAUCUGCCACAGAAUCACUUUUGGCAAACUAUUUGGCCACCAGUCUGUCGGUUGAGGACUCCAAGAACAUGUUUCUCAGCCACCCUGUCGUCACCCUGGUGAGCAUCGUCUCUAUUUGCCUGAGCGCUCUCCCAUCGAUAGCCACACAGUCGACCACUGUGAGGGCAAUUGCAUGGUGCAGGAGCCCUUCCCUCAUAGUGGAACGGUGCAAUCCAAUGUGGUACCUCAAAGUCGACUACGCCCGAGCCAUUCAAGCCGUCCUUUCUCUUAUUGUCGUCAUCAUUUUCGUGGUGAUCAUUCUGUCUAGUAACCGCCGCAGUGGGGUAUUCUCUAACCCAUCCUCCAUCGCCACGAUGGCUUCACUUCUCAGCAGCGAGAAUUUUGCACGGUAUCUGCAAAGAAUUGACCAGAAUUCAAGACCUUCGUCAUUGAAAAGACUGCUCAGUCCUUACCGGUACAUGUUGCGCCAACAUCAGACCCCGACAGGUCAUGUGAGGUAUGGGAUUGUAAGGGAAUCUGGACAACCGGUGGAGCGCAGACAGCCGAACUAUACUGCACUGGAGCAUCCACGUGCGAGUGGGAGCAAUGCAAAGCACCCCCGAAGUACGCUAUUGAAGCCAUUCCUGAUCGACACCCUCUUCCUCCUUUGCAUUCUAGCACUUCUCGGCGUGCUCGUUGGGUACUACAUGGAUGGAAAGAAGGAUCCUUUCAACAACUAUUUCAACCACAACCGAACAAGUCAACUUGUCCUCACAGCCGCUGCCAGUCUACUCGAUAUUCGGUGGAAACAGCUAGAGCGAGAAGUCCGACUCUUGACACCGUAUCGCCGAUUAUUCCGCGGGUCUGCAAAGCCCGAGUCAACGAUACUGGUGUCACAGAACUCCACGCCUCUGACAAGUAUUUUCCAGGCGCUCGGGAGACGAAACUUCUUCCACGCCUUUGUGGCAUUUGUGGCCAUUCUGUCUGACGUUUUGAUAAUCGCCAUUGGCGGCGUGCCAUUCAACUCUGCACAGAUCUGGCUGGAUUUUCUUGUCAGUAUAUACACCAGUUGGGCUAUACUGGCCUUGAUGAUACUUACCGUGAUCGCGAUCUUCCGCUGGCGCGCCUUAAACGCGAAAAUGAUGAUGCCAAGUGAACCUACCCGACCCCUUACGGUGUGGCUUAUGCUCUGCAACGAGGGCAAUCAGCUUUGUGAAGAAAUGAAAGGAUAUGAGACCAUGGCUCCAAGGGAAAGGGAUGAAAAGGUCAAGCUGAGAGGCGGACUGUAUUGGGCUGGAUGGCUCACACAGCCAGACGGCUCCCAGCGAUGGUGUUUGGAGAAAGAGAGUGGCCAGGCAUGCUCUGGAAUUCUGAGUCUCAAUCUUGAGACCCCUCAGUCUUCGUUGAAGGGUAAAUAUACAGCUGCGAGAAAUACGCUUGACACCGUGCCAUCGGCUGUGAACGGCAUAGAAACGAAGUAUGCCUCGUACCUGCUCGCUGGCAAGUACUCAGCGUGUAGAAUCCAAAUCGGGUUAGACGAAUCGGAGAAUCAAAAGGGCGGCACUACAUUCUUCCAAAAUAGGACAAGUCGCUCGUCGCGUCCAGCGACGCGCCCUUGCUCUCACCCCCUCGACGAGAAAGAGCCUCAAGCGGGCACCAUUAUCGACGACGGCAACCACAGUCCACGAUGCUGCAAUCCCCGCCAAAGAGGCGAAAGCUCGAUCCAAGUCUGUCACAAGGACACAGUGGCACCACCAAUGUCGAGACCGGACAACCGACGACUCCCACCAGAGCAUCCUACCUCUCCCCCACAAAAAGUUCCCUGGCACGCUCCCAUCCCCAUCUCAUCAGGCGAUCUACCCGUCGGCCAGUCACCGAACCGAGAGGAAGGCUCUUGA